AUGAAUGGGCCUAUUUUACGGGGCCUAAGUUUCAACUUCUAUGGAUUGUUAAUGGUGGCUAAAUAUUAUUACAAAGAACACACUGAUGUUAGCAGACUUAUUUAUUCUGCCGCCAUUUGCUCUGAUGAUAGACUGCUCAUAGACCUGAUAACACCAAUGGUUGAAGAAAAACUAUUAAAUUUAAAAUUUGCUGUUAAUAAAUUAAGGAAUUCCUGUGAAGACAAUUUUAGUUUUACUUGUAAACGAUGUGCCGCAGCAAGUUAUACCAGGAACUAUUCUUCAUCCUCUCCUAAUGCUCCAACGGGGUCAGAUACUGCGAAAAAUGUUUUGGCGGCGGUGUUGGCUAACAAGUCAAAAACUGGAAAGAUUCCAGUUGGUAUCCAAAAGAGAGACUGCUUUCACCCAGGUGCCUCUGUUUUGUCCCGUGAAGAUAUACACUUGGGUGAUGCGAAACCUGUAUCCGGGAUGGACAUGAUCAGGGGAAUGAUGGAGUAUGUGUGGCCUAAAGACAACGCGAUGAUCCGCAACCGGGUGAUGGUGUCCCUCUCGCUCCUGUUCGGCGCGAAAGUGAUGAACGUGACGGUGCCGUUCCUGUUCAAGUACGCGGUGGACGAGGUGAACCGGACGGCGGCCGGGGACCUUCUGCUGGACGUCGCCACGGCGCCCCAGCUCCUGGGCACCUCCGCCGUCUGCCUGCUGCUCGGAUACGGGAUGGCGCGCGCCUCCGCGGCCGGCUUCAACGAGCUCCGGAACGCCGUGUUCGCGAAGGUGGCCCAGCACUCCAUCAGGCGGCUGGCCUGCAACGUCUUCACCCACCUCCACAACCUCGACCUGGGCUUCCACCUGGGCCGCCAGACCGGCGCCCUGUCCAAGACGAUAGACAGGGGCUCGCGCGCCAUCAAUUUCGUCCUGUCCGCGAUGGUGUUCAACGUGGUGCCGACAAUCUUCGAGCUGGCGCUGGUCUCCUCGAUCCUCGGAUUGAAGGGAGGCCUGGCCUUCGCUGGCGUGGCGCUGAGCUGCGUGGGCGUGUACGCGGCGUUCACGCUGGCCGUGACGCAGUGGCGCACGCAGUUCCGCGUGCACAUGAACCGCGCCGAGAACGAGGCCGGCAACAAGGCGGUCGACUCGCUCAUCAACUACGAGACCGUCAAGUACUUCAACAACGAGAGGUACGAGCUGGAGAAGUACGACCAGAGCCUGAAGAAGUACGAGGAGGCGUCGCUGAAAACGGCCUCCAGCCUGGCGCUGCUCAACUUCGGCCAGCACGCCAUCUUCAGCGCCGGCCUCAGCGUCAUCAUGCUCAUGGCCGCCCAGGAGAUCGUCAAAGGCAACAUGACGGUGGGCGACCUGGUGAUGGUGAACGGGCUGCUGUUCCAGCUGUCCAUCCCGCUGGGCUUCCUGGGCUCGGUGUACCGCGAGGUGCGCCAGGCGCUCAUCGACAUGCAGACCAUGUUCACCCUCAUGACGGUCCAGUCCAAGAUCAAGGAGGGGGCGGGCGCGGCGCCCCUGGCGGUGUCGCCCUCGUCGGCCGGCAUCGAGUUCCGCGACGUGAGCUUCAAGUACGUGAACGGGAAGCCGAUCUUCGACGCGCUCAGCUUCUCCAUCGCGCCCGGCGAGAAGGUCGGCAUCGUCGGCGGAUCGGGAUCCGGCAAGUCGACAAUGGUGCGUCUGCUGUACCGGUUCUUCGAGCCCCAGGCGGGCCGAAUAACCAUCGGAGGUCAGGACAUCAGGGAAGUGGACCUGGCUAGCCUGAGGAGGGCCAUAGCGAUCGUACCACAGGACUGCGUUCUGUUCCACGACACGAUAUUCCACAACCUGCACUACGGCGACUUGACCAAAUCGGCCGAGGAGGUGUAUAAGGCCAGCAAGAUGGCGGAGUUGCACGACUCCGUGCUCACUUGGCCCAAGGGCUACGAGACGCAGGUGGGCGAGCGCGGGCUGAAGCUGUCUGGGGGCGAGAAGCAGCGCGUGGCGAUUGCGCGCGCCAUCCUCAAGGACGCGCCUGUGGUGGUCUUCGACGAGGCCACCUCCAGCCUCGACUCCAUCACCGAGCACGCCAUACUGCAAGCGCUGCAGGCCGCCACGAAGGGGCGCACCUCCAUCUGCAUCGCGCACCGGCUGGCCACGGUGGCGGACGCCGACCGCAUCCUGGUGCUGAGAGACGGCGCCAUCGCGGAGAGCGGCACCCACCACCAGCUGCUGGCCGACGGCGGCUCCUUCUACCGCCAGCUCUGGCUCAAGCAGAACCGCUCCGCGCACGCCCCCGCCGAUGACGCCCCCAACAACCGCCCCGACAACCCCCCCGACAACCGACAACCCCAG